CACUUGCUUUUUUUCUGUUGUUUUGAUCAAAUAAAUUAUUGUAAAUAGCAAUAACUAUAAAAAUAGAUACAUAAUUAUUAUUUUCCUACUGCUUACUUUGUUAUCAUCAUGUCUGAGCAAACUUCUGAAGUUAAUUCUCAAAAUGUAUGCGGCUUGUGUAAUGAAAAGUCAAGCAAAUACUGCUGUCCACGCUGCAAUGUCCUCUACUGCUCUCUGGACUGUUACAAGUCCGAGAAACACUUGACAUGCUCAGAAAGUUUCUAUAAAGACUGCGUCAACGAAGAAUUGGCCUCACAUCAGGCAGACGAUGAAUCCAAACGCAAAAUGAUUGAAAUACUCAAGAGAAUGCAAAAUGAAGAUUUAGGCAAUCCAGACGAUAUCGAAGAAAUGUUACAAAACCUUGAUGAAAACGGCAAAGAUGAUGAACCGAUAGACUCGGAUGAUGAACAGGAAAUAGACUUGCAUGAUCGAAUAAAAGACCUAAAUCUUGACGAUCCAGAUGCGCUGUGGAAUGCAUUAACUACAGAUGAAAGGAAUGAAUUUGAAGCACUCUUGAAUCAAGGGGAUGUGGGGUCUAUAAUACCCCAGUGGCAGCCGUGGUGGAUGUACCAUAAAGAAGAAAAACUUGUAGAAAAUGUUGAUGAAAAAGACAAACCAACAGAAGAUAGAAUGGCUGACUGUCCAUCUUUAGUAAAAGUCCCUAAGUUUACAGAUCUAACAGUAAGUAUUACUUGAUUAUGUAUCGUAUAGGAAAAUAUUUAUACAUUAACCUCGUAAGACCGAAGAGCAAAUUUUGUCGACUUCUAAGUAUCGCUGAAUGUGCUUUCGGAAGAACGAACAAUUUGAAGUCGUAAACGCCAAACACUUCGAGUAAAAAAAAUUCUAUGUUAGAGAUUUUCUUUUGCACCCAUAUUUUCAGGGACCCUAUAUAAUAGU